AUGCGCCAGGCCGCGGUGGAGCACUCCCUGCCAGACAGGCGAGACGACGGCGAGGUCGAGGAGCUCGGCGAGACCGGCUGGCUCGCCGCCAGGGCGCGGGAAGCGAGGGAAGCUGCUGGCAUCGUCUGCAGAGUAGAGCCCGCGAGACAACGCGAUGAUGACGAGGACUCUCCGUCGGUGGGAUCCAGGCCGCCCCAGUCGGGCAGGGAGCCCCAGCCGAGCAGCGACGAGGACCCCCCCGGGACGACGAGUCGACACGGCCGUCAGAGGCGACCGAGGCCGAGAGGGAGGAGGCCGAGAAGGUGGUGA